AUGAAACUCUGGGCGAUUGCCGACAUUCACUUGUCCUUCAAGGGCAAUUGGGAAGAAUGGGCCAAAUUGCGAGCUCGACGCGAGGAAACCAGGACCGGCGAGAAGAAAUUAGCGGAUGGACUAAUCCUAGCUGGAGAUGUUGGCGAAACCAUCGAACAUGCGAGAGAAGCCUUCAGUCGAGCCAUCCAACAUUUCAAGCACGUCUUCUGGGUUCCCGGAAACCACGAACUAUACACAUCAUCAUCGCCCGCCGUCGACGAGUCCGAACGUGCUCUACGGGGUGAAGCGAAAUAUCUCAAAUGCGUCGAAGUCGCCCGGGAGUACGGUGUACUUACUCCCGAGGACGAAUUCAUGACCUGGAAUUAUGCCGAUACUGACGGCACCGCCAAGCAAGCUCUCAUCUGUCCCAUUUUCACUCUCUACGACUACUCUUUCCGUCCGGAUCAUGUUUCGCGCGAGGAAGCUCUCGAUUGGGCGCUGGAGGAAGGCAUUCAAGCUACGGACGAACAGCUCCUCCAUCCCGACCCUUACUCUACUCGCGACGCCUGGUGCACGCGGCUAGUCUCGCAAUGCGAGUUGAAGCUUGAAGUUGCCGCUACGACAGGUAUUCCGCUUGUGAUAAUCAAUCACUGGCCACUCCGCGAAGACCUUAUCUACAUCCCACGCGUGCCACGCUUCACAUUGUGGUGCGGAACAAAAGAGACACACGAUUGGCAUACACGCUUCAAUGCCAAGGUCGUAGUCACCGGUCAUCUCCACGUCCGACGUACAGAUUGGAUUGACGGCGUCCGGUUCGAAGAGGUCUCUCUUGGAUACCCGCGACAGUGGGACGAUGCAAAAACCGUCGGUAAUGACAUCAACACGAUGCUGAGAGAAAUCCUACCUGGCCCGCCGACGCCGGAGAAGGGCAAAGAGCCGCCGACGCAAUGGAGGCGGUAUGGGUCUGUCACUGAGACACAGGCGCCGGAUAGGAAAGUAGCGACUACAUAA